ACACGUGAAUCCUCAAAACGCCCCAAUACUUGACGCACUAACUAAAUCCCAUUAGAGUUAAGCGCGGCUUGGGCAGCACAUGAUGCUUUGCGAAAAUUAAUUUCUUCAACUAUAGUUUUUGGAAUUUGAAUGUGCAAGCUAUGUGCUUCAUGUUAAACUCGCUAAUUUUCAUAAUCUUUUGCUUUGACUAACAUAUUGAAUAUCUGUGUCGUUUUAUUUCAAACCCAGCAAUGACUUGGGUGAAUGGAAAUUUACAAAUUUACAAUACCUUCGCGUCUUUAGUUAGACGAAAUGGAGAUGUAAUGACUGUGAACUCCGACUGUCUAGACACAUUAGAAGAGAUCAACCAAGAACUGAGUACCGAAGAUGCAAAUCUGAGAACCUUCAGAAGGGCGAUUGGCUUCAGCAAAAACAUACAAAACGACCUGAUCCCCUUACUUAUUCACCUUAAAGAGAACAAGAACGUAACAAACUCCAACCAAAUAGUCAACUGUACUAUAAAGCUUCUCGUCAACCUGACCAUACCCACAGAGUAUCUGCUGCCUCUGGAGAUGAUGGGAGGUAGCGAUGUGGGCAAGCAUAGCAUCUUCGAACUCAACAGCCUCCUCAGGGCCAGUAAAGAGUCAUUUUCGGACAGUCGCAGUACCAAGGCUGUGUUGGACCACAUCAAACAGAUCAUAGAAUGUGACAGUCCUUUGACUUUGGAGCAAUGCGAUAGUAUUAAUAAUUGUUUGUUGUUGUUGAGGAAUAUUUUGCAUGUACCCGAAAUGAGCGUUCCUGGUAACCAUUCCACCCUGCAGAACCAAAUAGUGUGGAAUUUAUUUACUCAGAGUGUGGAUAAGAUCAUUAUUUUUUUGAUCACUUGCCCGGAAAAGAUCUUCUGGAGCGUUACCAUGGUGCAACUAAUAGCUAUGCUAUACAAAGAUCAACACGUUGGGACACUACAGAAGCUGCUAAAUCUCUGGCUGGAAGCUUCACUGAGCGAAAGUUCAGAAGAUAAUGAGAGCAACACCUCUGCGCCCUUUCAAGGUAGUGUCGAUUCAUCACCCUUUGCAACCUCUGAACCCAACUCCGAUAGCAGCGAUACGGGGGGUGGUAUCGAUCUCACUGAUAGUGGCCGAAAUAUAAUGAAGGAAACGAGAACUGCACUGAGCAGGAAUAAAACCAUGUCCGAAAUAAACAGGGUUCACUCCAUAGAAACAGAGGCUAGUUCUAGCAGUGGUAUAUCGUCGAUGGUCAGCCAAUCUAGUACCAAUAAGUCAUUAUCUUCUCUUCCCACUGACGUGUCUAUCAAUUCAAAAAAACGGGAAUGUCCAUCUUCCACUAGUGAAAUAUCCGAUUGUGGAUACGCAACCCAGGCUGAAAACCAAGAGAUCUUUUCAACAUCAAGUAAUGAUGAUGAUCAGCCGAGCCACAAACCAGUACAUCAAAAACCACAUGCUUUUCAGAAGACGAGAUACAGUUCUGCUAAAAAAACAACAACAGCACAAGAGAAUAAAGAACUCAGACGCAAGAAGCUCGUUAAGCGUAGCAAAACGAACAUUAUAAACGUAAAGGGCCUAAUGCAUCAUCUCCCGACCGAUGAAGACAUUUCUAACGUCCUGAAAGAAUUCACAGUGGAUUUCCUGCUGAAGGGUUACGGCAUCCUGGUCAAGGAUCUCCACACUCAGCUUUUGACGAACAUCCACAUACAGAUAGACACCUCGCAUUUCUUCUGGCUAGUAACGUAUUUCUUGAAAUUCGCAACUCAACUUGAAUUAGAUCUGGAGCAUCUGGUUCCAGUGUUAUCUUACGAUUUGUUGUCGUACCUGGUGUUCCAAGGAGUUUGGGCCCUGGAAGAGUUCGAGCUGAAGAUGAGGCUUGUCUACGUGGACUUAAAACCGUGCCUGAGGAGGCUACAUUUGGUUGUAACAGCAAUUAGAGAGUUUCUGCAGGCAGUCGACACCUACAAAAAGAUAAUCCAAUUGAACGAAGAAGACAAGGAUAAUCUCUUCAGCUUACAGUGCAAAAUUGUAGGAACACAGGAGAUUGGAUGUCUGUUUCUUCUCUUAUUGCGUCAUUAUAAUAGUAAAUUACAAAGCAGACAGUAUUUACAAGAUGUGAUACUGACGAAUCAUAUUUAUCUCUUAUUUUUGGACAACGUUUCCAAGAUAAAGUACGUCCAACCAAAGUUAAGUUUGAUGGAGCAUCUCAAAAAAUUUGCAGCUGUGGAAAUAAUGUGCCAGUACGGAAUUCUUUUGGAGAAUUUCAAAGAAAACGGAGAAUUCAUCAACAACUGCAUCUUCACAAUGAUGCAUCACGUAGGCGGAGAUCUAGGCAAUGUUUCUAUCUUAUUUCAGCCGAACAUACUCAAGACGUUUUCGCAAAUUUGGGAGACCGAUUUCGAUCUUUGUGAAGACUGGGCAGAUCUAAUCGAAUACGUUAUUCACAAAUUCAUAAACACGCCAAGAAAGAGUCACUGCCUUUCUGGUGCAAACUUAGAAAGUACUUCAGAUACCGAUUCUUCUGAAAGCUCAGAGAAAUCUGAUUUCAGGUGUAUCGGGAAAGGGAAAAAUAAACAUCGAACCAAAAAAAAACUGGAAGCAAUCGAUGAGAUAUCUGAGAAGAACAGCGAGAACGACAUGAAUCAUUGGACGCAACUUUCGAUAAUCAAGGACUUGCUCUUACAGAACGUCAUCAGUGAAGAGCAAUACAAGGAUUUUACUAAGAACGAACAGCCUGAGAAGGUCAAACCCGAAAAUGAAAUAAAAAAUGAGCAGAACAACGCAGGUGAAUUAGUGGAUAAAGAAGUGGAAGCUUUAAGAAGUUAUCUAAUCAAAGAGGGCAGAGAAAAGUAUUUGUUGUGGUUACAAGAAGUCCUCUUAGAACUUUGCUACGCCAAACUCUUACUAGAAAAUCCUGAAAAAUUUGGAAAGGGGAGUCCACCUGUAGAACCUACAGUAUACUACAAUUCUUUGUUGAACCUUCCUUUGCCUUUCAUAAGCUGGACAACGGAACAAAGUGUGGCAUUAAGAUUUCCACCUUUCGUCGUGUUGAUGCAUAAACUGGGACUUUAUUUACCGGCUCAUACAGGGAAGUUGUUUGUGAGGAUACCAAACUUUUGGACGGCAGGAGUGAUAUAUGGAAAAGCUCAGUUGUUGGGUCCUAUAAGUAGAGAGAAAAUCAAAUUUGACGUUGCGUUGCUCGAAGAAGACAACAAAGAUGAAGGAGCACGUCCCAGUAAGUUGGAGGAAAAUGAUACCAAGGACCACGCCAAAUUUUUUUACGACUCAAAGGAAACACCUUAUCUAUUCCGAUAUACACCCGUUCCAAAUUCAACAGGAUUGCUUCCCACAUUUUGCCAAGAUUCUGGAUUCGCAAAUAGCAUUAGCAGAAUCAACGAACUGAAGAUCGUUAUCCCCGAGCAAGAUCAAUUAUGUAACUUACCUUUACCUCAGAUGGAAACCCUCAAUACGAGACUGCUUUCCAUUAUCGACUGUCCAGUUUCAAGCCAAGAACUAGAUCGUAGCAGUAUUUGCGAGACAGCCUCUUCUGGUAUUACCGGUGGAAUGUGCGUUAGCGACGAAGACAACGCAACAGUCUUGUCUGUUGAGCAGAAGUUUGACUAA